UUUUUUUCAAGAUCACCCAAGAGGACCAGUGUAUUGGAUGAAAUGGUUUCCCGCAGGCUGCCAACUUCCAGCAAGGUCAGGUGGAACUUUCACAGCCGCGCUGUCAACACGGUGUUUGAACACAGAGAGGAUCUCAUCAAAUGUUUCCAUGCCAUACGAGACUCGGGAGACUUCGAUGAAAUCACCGUGAGAGAGGCAGGAGCAUAUGCAAGGAUCCUGGAAGACCCAGACUUCAGGUUCUUCCUGCAACUUUUUCACCAGAUCAUGCCCCUUGUAGACACUCUCUAUGCCAGGCUACAGAAGAGGAGCAUCGACUCAGUGUACAUUAAGAGAUGCAUCCAAAGAUUCCAGGAGGACAUACAGAAGAUCAGAGAUUCUCUCCAUGCCAUGACAGUGGAGCACAGCAGUCUAUCCCUGCAAUCAAGAAAACGUGUGGCUCUCUCUUCAGAGGAUCACCAACGAAUUGCAGCUGAAGUCUGUGAUACCAUCCUGGGGCACACCAGAGAGAGGUUCCAGUUCACAGACCAUCUCAUCUGUGCAACCCUCCUGCAGUGCGAUCGGUUUGAAGAUUAUCAAGUGGAUUUUCCAGAGGAGGCUCUUAAAACCACAGUGAAGGCUUACCCUGUCCUUGACAGCAGCAGGCUGAAGACAGAGCUAGAACUCCUCUACAGCAACGAGGAAUUCAGAGCGUGUAGUGGUGCGGUGGACUUCCUCCAAUUCUUUAUGGAGAACAACUUGGGGGAGCUUUUUUCAGAGACGGUAACCCUUUUGAAAAUACUUGUCACCACACCAAUGACGACAGCAGAAGCAGAGAGGUGCUUCUCGACUCUUAAGCGAGUGAAAACAUUCCUGAGAAACACAAUGUCGCAAGAUCGCCUCAACGCACUGGCUACCCUGUCUAUGGAGAGGGCCAUAGUGACAGAGAUGACUGACUUUAACGUUAAAGUCAUUGACACAUUUUCAAAUUUAAAAGAGAGAAGGGCCAAGUUCCUCUACAAGUAGCACUUAAGCAUUUAAGCACUUUUGUUUGUGUGUGUGUGUGUGUGUGUGUG